AUGACGCCCGACGGCCACAACACCAUUACUCAUCAUCCCCAUGCCAUUCACCUGCAGCCCAUCGACCGGGCCAGCAGUCGCGCCAACAGCCGCAACCACAGUCGUCAGCCCUCGCCCUCCCGCCACGGCUCCAGCACAGCCGUAGAGCCAGUGGCCGCUGAUGAUAACGACACCAUUGUCCGCAACCUCUCCCACGUCACCGAUGUCGAGAGCCAGCUCACAGCCGGUCGCCGACGCCUCCCGGGCAUCGCCGCCGGCCUAGACAACGACCCAUACGGUCUCUCUCUCUCCUACAAGACAGACUCGGACCUCGAUCAGAUCAAGGCCAACACUUCUCGCAAGCGUGAUGGCGCCGCCGUUGCCAAGCGCAGCCUCGGGCCUGGCCCCAAGUCCUCUGUUCGCCGUGUCCGGGGCUUUUACAAGCAUCAGAAUGAGACUAUAGAGCGCAUGCUAAAGUCGGUCGAAGAGCACCGCGACGAAGCCCGCCAGGAAGCCGGCGACGACCAGCUGAAGUUCCGCAUCGCCGUCUACGGCUCCUUGAUCGCCAACAUUUUCCUCGCCGCUCUCCAGCUAUACGCUGCCAUCUCCUCGGGUUCCCUGUCGCUCUUCACCACCAUGGCCGACUCCAUUUUCGACCCCCUUAGCAACAUCACCCUCAUCAUGUCUAACCGUGCCAUCCAUCGUGUCGACCCACGUCGCUUCCCCGCCGGCAAGGCCCGCCUCGAGACGGUGGGUAACAUCAUCUUCUGCUUUCUUAUGAUCGCCGUGUCGCUCAUCAUCAUUGCCUUUGCUUGCCAAGAGCUGGCCCAGGCCGAUGGUGCUAAGAAGUUCCAUCUUCCUUCUGUGAUUUCUGUUUGCGCCGCGUUUGCCACCAAGUUCUCCCUCUUUCUCUACUGCUGGGCCAUCAAGGACAAGUAUAGCCAGGUCAAUAUCCUCUGGCAGGACCACCGUAACGAUCUCUUCAUCAAUGGUUUCGGUAUCCUGACGUCCGUCGGUGGUGCCAAGCUGAAGUGGUGGAUCGACCCCAUGGGAGCCAUCAUCCUUUCCGUCACCAUUUCGACCGUCUGGCUACGCACGGCUAUUGCUGAGUUCCUGCUCCUCGUCGGAGUUACCGCAUCCGUGGAGACCCAGCAACUCAUCACGUACGUCUGCAUUACCCACUCGGACGCCAUCCAGGGUAUCGACACGGUCCGGGUCUACCAUUCGGGUCCACGGCUCAUCGCCGAGGUCGACAUUGUCAUGGACCCCGCGCAAACGCUGCAGGAGAGUCACGAUAUUGCCGAGGCUCUGCAGAUCAAGUUGGAGGAUUUACCAGACGUUGAGCGGGCCUACGUCCACAUCGACUACGAAACGACCCACAAGCCGGAGCACGCUUUGAAGAAGGACCUGUAA